AGCAGCCCCGGAACAGAUGAGGCAGGCAGGGUUGGGGCGUUUGGUCAGGACAGCCCACCGCAAAAAGAGGAGGAAAGAAAUGAAAGACAGAGACAGCUUUGGCUGUGGGAGAAGGAGGAGGUUGGGGGAAGGAGGAGACAGGAGGAGGAGGGACCGCGGGGUGGAGGGGAGAUAGACCCAGCCCAGAGCUCUGAGUGGUUUCCUGUUGCCUGUCUCUAAACCCCUCCACAUUCCUGCAGACCUUCAGACUGCCCGGAGAGCGCGCUCUGCCUGCCGCCUGCCUGCCUGCCACUGAGGGUUCCCAGCACCAUGAGGGCCUGGAUCUUCUUUCUCCUUUGCCUGGCUGGGAGGGCCUUGGCAGCCCCUCAGCAAGAAGCCCUGCCUGAUGAGACAGAGGUGGUGGAAGAAACUGUGGCAGAGGUGACCGAGGUAUCUGUGGGAGCUAAUCCUGUCCAGGUGGAAGUAGGAGAAUUUGAUGACGGUCCAGAGGAAACCGAAGAGGAGGUGGUAGCUGAAAACCCUUGCCAGAACCACCACUGCAAACACGGCAAGGUGUGCGAGCUGGAUGAGAACAACACCCCCAUGUGUGUGUGCCAGGACCCCACCAGCUGCCCGGCCCCCAUUGGCGAGUUUGAGAAGGUGUGCAGCAAUGACAACAAGACCUUCGACUCUUCCUGCCACUUCUUUGCCACAAAGUGCACCCUGGAGGGCACCAAGAAGGGCCACAAGCUCCACCUGGACUACAUCGGGCCUUGCAAAUACAUCCCCCCUUGCCUGGACUCUGAGCUGACCGAAUUCCCCCUGCGCAUGCGGGACUGGCUCAAGAACGUCCUGGUCACCCUGUAUGAGAGGGAUGAAGACAACAACCUCCUGACUGAGAAGCAGAAGCUGCGGGUGAAGAAGAUCCAUGAGAAUGAGAAGCGCCUGGAGGCAGGAGACCACCCCGUGGAGCUGCUGGCCCGGGACUUUGAGAAGAACUACAACAUGUACAUCUUUCCUGUGCACUGGCAGUUCGGCCAGCUGGACCAGCACCCCAUUGAUGGGUACCUCUCCCACACCGAGCUGGCCCCACUGCGCGCUCCCCUCAUCCCCAUGGAGCACUGCACCACCCGCUUUUUCGAGACCUGUGACCUGGACAAUGACAAGUAUAUCGCCCUGGAUGAGUGGGCCGGCUGCUUCGGCAUCAAGCAGAAGGAUAUCGACAAGGAUCUUGUGAUCUAAAUCCACUCCUUCCGCAGUACCGGAUUCUCUCUCUUUAACCCUCCCCUUCCUGUUUCCCCCAAUGUUUAAAAUGUUUGGAUGGUUUGUUGUUCUGCCUGGGGACAAGGUGCUAACAUAGAUUUAAGUGAAUACUUUAACGGUGCUAAAAAUGAAAAUUCUAACCCAAGACAUGACAUUCUUAGCUGUAACUUAACUAUUAAGGCCUUUUCCACACUCAUUAAUAGUCCCAUUUUUCUCUUGCCAUUUGUAGCUUUGCCCAUUGUCUUUUUGGCACAUGGGUGGACAUGGAUCUGCUGGGCUCUGCCUUAAACACACAUUGCAGCUUCAACUUUUCUCUCUAGUAUUCUGUUUGAAACUAAUACUCACCGAGUCAGACUUUGUGUUCAUUUCAUUUCAGGGUAUUGGCUGCCUGUGGGCUUCCCCAGGUGGCCUGAAGGUGGGCAAAGGGAAGUAACAGACACACGAUGUUGUCAAGGAUGGUUUUGGGACUAGAGGCCCAGUGAUGGGAGAGGUCCCUGCAGAACCCACCAACCAGAACGUGGUUUGCCUGAGGCUGUCACUGAGAGAAAGAUUCUAGGGCUGUGUUAUGAAAAUAUAGACAUUCUCACAUAAGCCCAGUUCGUCACCAUUUCCUCCUUUACCUUUCAGUGCAGUUUCUUUUCACACUAGGCUGUUGGUUCAAACUUUUGGGAGCAUGGACUGUCAGUUCUCUGGGAAGUGGUCGGCGCAUCCUGCAGGGCUUCUCCUCCUCUGUCUUUUGGAGAAUCAGGGCUCUUCUCAGGGGCUCUGGGGACUGCCAGGCUGUUUCAGCCAGGAAGGCCAAAAUCAAGAGUGAGAUGUAGAAAGUUGUAAAAUAGAAAAAGUGGAGUUAGUGAAUUGGUUGUUCUUUCCCCGCAUUUGGAUGAGUGUCAUAAGGUUUUUAGCAUGUUCCUCCUUUUCUUCAUUCUCCCUUUUUUUCUUCUAUUAAUUAAGAGAAACUUCAAAGUUAAUGGGAUGGUCGGAUCUCACAGGCUGAGAACUCGUUCACCUCCAAGCAUUUCAUGAAAAAGCUGCUUCUUAUGAAUCAUACGAACUCUCACCAUGGUGUGAAGAGUUUCACGAAUCUUUCAAAAUAAAAAGUAAUGACUUAGAAACUGCCUUCCUGGGUGAUUUGCAUGUGUCUUAGUCUUAGUCACCUUAUUCUCCUGACACACAAACCCAUGAGCAUACAUGUCUACACACGACUACAAAAAUGCAAACCUUUGCAAACACAUUAUUAUGCUUUCACACACACACACCUGUGCACACACACUGGUAUGUUUACACACAGGGAGUGUAUGGUUCCUGUAAGCACUAACUUAGCUGUUUUCAUUUAAUGACCUGUGGUUUAACCCUUUUUAUCACUACCACCAUUAUCAGCACCAGACUGAGCAGCUAUGUCCUUUUAUUAAUCACGGUCGUUCGUUCAUUCAUUCAUUCAUUCAUUCAUUCAUUCACAAAAUAUUUAUGAUGUACCUACUGUGUACCAGGUCCCAUGCCAAGCACUGGAGACACAGUUAUGGCAAAGUAGACAAAACAUUUGUUCUUUUGGAGCUUAGAGUCCAGAGGAAUACAUUAAAUAAUGACACAACCAAAUAUAAAUUGCAAGAUGUCACAGGUGCAAUAAAGGGAGAGUAGGAGAGACCAUGAGUGUGUGUAACAGGAAGACACAGCAUUAUUCUAGUGCUGUACUGUUCCGUACGGCAGCCACUACCCACGUAUAACUUUUUAAGAUUUAAAUUUAAAUUAAUUAACAUUCAAAAUGCAGCUCCCCAAUCACACCAGCAACAUUUCAAGUGCUUGAGAGCCAGGCAUGAUCAGUGGUUACCCUAUUGAGCAGGUCAGAUGUAGAAUAUUUUCAUCAUCACAGAAAGUUCUAUUGGACAGUGCUCUUCUAGAUCAUCAUUAAGACUACAGAGCACUUUUCAAAGCUCAUGCAUGUUCGUAUUUUGUGUUAUAUGUGUCAUAUUUUGAGCUGGUGUUUUGAGACUCCCCUUAGAGAAACAGACCCAAAAAAUGUGCUCAAUUGCAGUGGGCCACAUACCUGGAUCUCCAGAUGUCAUUUCCCGUCUCUUAAGUUAUGUUAACAUUACUCAAAUAAUAAAAGCUC